AUGACGCGAGACGAGGGAAGGAUCGAGGUCCCCGAAGUCCCGGCGAAGUCGUACGCGUUCGAGCUGGACACGUUUCAGCAAAAGGCGGUGGAGUGCUUGGAGCGGGGGGAGUCGGUGCUGGUGAGCGCGCACACGUCGGCGGGGAAGACGGUGGUGGCGGAAUACGCGAUCGCGAUGGCGAUACGAGACGGACAGCGCGUGGUGUACACGUCACCGUUGAAGGCGCUGAGUAAUCAAAAGUAUCGCGAGCUGAAGGAGGAGUUUGAGGACGUGGGAUUGAUGACGGGGGACGUGGUGAUAAAUCCGAGCGCGUCGUGCCUGGUGAUGACGACGGAGGUUUUGCGAUCGAUGCUGUAUCGGGGAGGGGAGGUGAUGCGCGAGGUUGGGUGGGUGAUUUAUGAUGAGAUUCAUUACAUGCGGGACAGCGAGCGAGGGGUGGUUUGGGAGGAGUCCAUCGUGUUGUUGCCGGACAUGGUCAAGUACGUGUUUCUAUCGGCGACGAUUCCGAACGCUCGAGAGUUCGCGGAGUGGGUGUGCAAGACGCAUAAUCAACCGUGUCACAUCGUGUACACUGACUUUCGUCCGACGCCGUUGGAGCAUUACGUCUUCCCGGCGAACGGAGAGGGGAUAUUUUUAGUCAUGGAUCGGCAGUCCAAGUUCAGGGACAGCAAUUUCGAGCAAGCCGUCACCGUCAUCGCCGACGGCGGCGGCGCGGCGGCGGCACGCGUGGCCAAUCGAGCGCGAGGUGAUGAUGGAAAAAAGGAGGCAGUUAACCAGGACAUCUUUAAAAUCAUCCGUAUGGUCGUCGAGCGCAACUACGAUCCUGUGAUUGUGUUCGCGUUCAACAAACACGAGUGCGAAAAGAUGGCUAACUCAUUACACAAAGUUGAUUUGUGCGACGAAGACGAGAAAAAGCUCAUCGACACGAUUUAUUGGAACGCCAUGGACUCGUUGUCGGACGAAGACAAACGAUUGCCUCAAGUCGCAAAUUUGCCAAACCUUUUACGACGAGGUUUGGGUGUGCACCACUCGGGACUGCUGCCGAUUUUGAAGGAGGUGAUCGAGAUUUUAUUCCAGGAAGGCUUGAUCAAAGUGCUCUUCGCCACGGAGACCAUGUCGGUGGGACUGAACAUGCCGGCUCGCACGGUCGUGUUUUGCUCUCCUCGAAAGUUCGACGGCGCUGGUUUUCGUUGGAUCACGUCUGGCGAGUACAUUCAAAUGUCUGGUCGAGCCGGUCGUCGCGGCAAGGACGACCGCGGUUUGGUAAUCUUGAUGAUGGAUGAGCGUAUGGAUCCGCCGGUGGCGAAGAACAUGUUACACGGGCAAUCUGAUACUCUUGAUAGCGCAUUUCACUUGAACUACGCAAUGAUUUUGAACCUGAUGCGCGUCGAAGGUGCUGAGCCAGAGUCGCUCAUUCAAUCGUCGUUUGCGCAAUUCCAAAACGAUCGCGCGUUGCCGGGUCUGGAGGCGAAGAUUGUCGAGAUACAGAAGGAUCGGGACGCGGUGAAGAUUCACGACGAAGACAGCGUCGACGAGUAUGUCAAGCUCAAAGACGGCCUCGAUGCCAUGAUUCGAGAACGUCGUGUCGUCACCAACACUCCAACGCACGCGGUGCCGUUUUUGCAGCCUGGUCGAUUGGUGCGCCCGGGUGAAGAGGACGUCGUUUGGGGCAUGAUUGUGUCUUUCGAGCGCAUCGGUGGCGGUGGAAAAUCUGGGAAAGCGGCGUACGGGGUCGACGUUCUGGUGCGCACGCGCGAGAAUAGUGACGGUAAGACUCCGUUAUCAUCAAAGAGUAAAAACGAUAGAUACGAGUUUUUGAAUGCGAACGAGGAGGACGAUUCGUCGGAGCCGCGGGUGAUUCGAGUGCCCCUCGAGCAGCUCGAUGUAUUGAGCAGCGUUCGCGUAUACUUGCCGAAAGACUUGCAUCCACGCGAGGCGAGAGAUCAGUGCAUUAGCAGUGUGGGGGAGGUCAUCAAGCGGUUCCCUGAUGGCGUGCCGGUUUUGGAUGCCACGCGAGAUCUGAAGAUCGAUAGUGAAAACUUCUCCAAGCUCUUAAAGCGAAUCGACGGCAUCAAGUCGAUGAUGAAGAAGCACCCCGUCGCCUCAAGUGAAAGGCUCGUCGAACAGCUCUCAGCGCACAAGAGAAAACGUGAGCUCUCCAUCGCACUGAAGCAGGCGAAGAAAAACGCAAAGGCUGCCGCUGGACUGAUCAUGCGCAAUGAGCUGAAGCAGAUGCGUCGCGUGCUCAAACGACUCGGGCACACGAGCGCUGAGGGCGUGGUACAAACGAAGGGAAGAGUGGCGUGCGAACUCGCCUCGGUCGACGAGCUCGUCACCGCGGAGCUCAUCUUCAACGGUAUGUUCAAAGAAGUCGAUGUUGAUAUGCUCGUCGCUUUGGUUUCGUGCUUGGUGUGGCGCGAGAAGUCGCGCAACACACCCAAGCUUAGCGAAGAAACCGCGGAAGUGUUUUCGCGCCUGAAGGAUGUUGCGCGCAAAGUCGGGAAACAAAUGAUGGAGUGUAGGAUGAGCGUGGACGUCGAAGAGUACGUAGAGGGCUUUAGGAGCGAGCUCAUGGAAAUCAUGCUCGCGUGGUGCAAAGGGAAUAAAUUUGCAGAGAUUAUGAAAAUGACAGAUUUGUUCGAAGGUUCCAUAGUGCGCGCCAUUCGGCGUGUCGAGGAGGUUUUGCGCCAACUGUCUGACGCGUGUCGGGUCAUAGGCGAGACUGAACUUCAAGAAAAGUUCACAAUCGCGAGCGAAAAAGUGAAACGCGACAUAGUGUUCGUCGCGAGCUUGUUCCUUUAG